UACUUUUAUUUUGUUUUUCAAAUCUUUUAUUGUUCUUUUUGUAAAAAAGUUGUCCAAUAAAUUAUGACGUAAUCUAUUAUUAUGGUCAACAGUGGUAUUUCCACAGCUUAGCCGAGUUGAGCAUCUGUCUACAAUUUUACUUGGUCGUUUUCUAUCUAACGCUGCGCUGAUCUUGAAGAUUUCAUAUCUCGAAACAAGACCAGUUAGUCUUAUUUUGCAAUCUUCCGAGAACAAACACAUCGUGCUCUGUCAGCUUAAAAAACAAAAUUUUUUUUCUUCUUAACUUAGAACUUAGAACUUAGAAAGGCGCAAUUAUGAAAUUUGUCAUCUUGACAGUUUGUGUUUUGAUUUUACUGAUGCAAUCGGUAAAGGCACUUGUUUAUGAUAAUAAAAAUGGUGAGACAUCUGUGCAUUAUGGAUAUAAAACAGAAAAUGGACAAUACCGCACAGAGGACAUAAAAUACGACACAGAACCAGUAAUUGAAAAAGACAGUAAGGAACAGAAGCCCGUUGAAUAUCGUGGGGGAUAUAGCUUUGUCUCCGCUGAUGGCUAUGAAUACACAGUACUAUAUAAAGCAAAUAAAAAGGGCUUUCAGCCCUACGUGACUGCGCGAAAAAUUAAAAGCGAAUAAUGAAAUUUUAACAAAAUUUUAAUCAAAAGUUUUUUAAGUAAUCUUUAUAAA